GGCCGGAGCGACGCCUGCGCGGGGCCCUGCGCGCCGCGUCAUGUGACGGCGGCGGAGGGAACGCGGUGGGGGAGGGAAGCGGCGCUGACAGCGGUGAGGCAGCGGCCGGCCCCGCCGCCAUGGGCAUUAAAUUUUUAGAAGUUAUUAAGCCAUUCUGUGCAGUUUUACCCGAAAUCCAGAAACCAGAAAGAAAGAUCCAGUUCAGAGAGAAGGUACUAUGGACAGCUAUCACUCUCUUCAUUUUCUUAGUAUGCUGUCAGAUACCUUUGUUCGGAAUCAUGUCGUCAGAUUCAGCAGAUCCUUUCUACUGGAUGCGAGUCAUUCUUGCAUCAAACAGAGGUACAUUGAUGGAAUUAGGUAUCUCUCCCAUUGUGACAUCUGGUUUGAUCAUGCAGCUGCUAGCUGGAGCAAAGAUCAUUGAAGUUGGUGAUACGCCGAAAGACAGAGCCUUGUUCAAUGGAGCUCAGAAAUUAUUUGGGAUGAUUAUUACCAUUGGGCAAGCCAUUGUCUAUGUUAUGACUGGAAUGUAUGGAGAUCCUGCUGAAAUGGGUGCUGGCAUUUGUCUUCUCAUUAUAAUUCAGCUGUUUGUUGCUGGCUUGAUUGUGCUGCUGUUAGAUGAGUUGCUACAGAAAGGUUAUGGGUUGGGAUCUGGUAUUUCCCUCUUUAUUGCUACCAAUAUCUGUGAAACCAUUGUCUGGAAGGCUUUUAGUCCCACUACCAUCAACACUGGCAGAGGAACAGAGUUUGAAGGUGCUGUGAUUGCAUUGUUUCAUCUUCUGGCUACACGAACCGAUAAAGUCCGUGCCUUGCGGGAGGCUUUUUACCGACAGAAUUUACCCAAUCUCAUGAAUUUGAUUGCUACAGUAUUUGUAUUUGCUGUAGUCAUCUAUUUUCAGGGCUUUCGUGUUGAUUUGCCUAUCAAGUCUGCUCGGUACCGAGGGCAGUACAGCAGCUAUCCCAUCAAGCUCUUCUACACCUCCAACAUUCCCAUCAUUCUGCAGUCUGCCUUAGUUUCAAACCUUUAUGUUAUUUCCCAGAUGCUGUCUGUUCGUUUUAGUGGCAAUUUCUUGGUGAACUUAUUGGGACAGUGGGCAGAUGUGAGUGGCGGUGGCCCUGCUCGUUCUUACCCUGUUGGUGGUCUGUGCUACUACUUGUCCCCUCCAGAGUCCAUGGGCGCAAUAUUUGAGGAUCCUGUCCACGUAAUAGUUUAUAUAAUUUUUAUGUUGGGAUCCUGCGCUUUUUUCUCGAAGACUUGGAUUGAAGUGUCUGGUUCAUCAGCAAAAGACGUUGCCAAGCAACUCAAAGAACAGCAAAUGGUGAUGAGAGGCCACAGGGAUACAUCAAUGGUUCACGAGCUUAACAGGUAUAUCCCUACAGCAGCUGCGUUUGGUGGUUUGUGCAUUGGUGCCCUUUCAGUUCUGGCUGACUUUCUAGGAGCCAUCGGGUCGGGCACUGGCAUUCUGCUUGCGGUCACCAUAAUUUAUCAGUAUUUUGAAAUCUUUGUAAAAGAACAGGCAGAAGUCGGAGGAGUAGGAGCGUUAUUUUUCUAGAUGUCCAAAUAUUUCAUGGUUUGUGUGAAAGGGAAACUAUUUUGACAACAUGAGUCGUUUAGUCCAACAAUGCUAUUUUCUUUUUACUUGUUUUCAAGUGCUACGUGUCCCAUUGCUGUAAUGGGCCUUGAGCAAUGCCUGCGUGCAGCAUCAGUACCAGCUGCCUUAAGAAUAAAGUUUACAUUAUCUUGUUUGAGUAUAUCUAACGUUGCCUGUAAUGCUGGAAACCAAUUCAUCUACCUUGCUGUUCAGACACUACAGUGAGAUGGUAAAGUGUAUCAGUUUGGCGCUGGUCAGUAUUGUUACAAACAGCAUAAAAAUGUUAAAUUUAUUUCCCUGUCCUUAACAGGAAAAAAAAAAUAAUCUGAGUUCAGAAUGCCACGUGGCAGCAUUCUUGAAAGAGUUUAUUUGUAGGCUGUACCUUAAUUUUUUUAUACUUUUUUAACUUGUAUUUUGCCACUGCUGAACUCAGCACUCCUUCCUCAUGGUGGUGUCCCCACCCUGUCACCUGCCCCUUAGCUCCAAGGCUGGACAAGCAAACAUUGUACCAGACUGAUACCCAUCUCACCUGUGAAAUGGAUUUGUGGUGGAUUUGCUGCAUUGCAAGGACUGGGGCACAUCAGUUUCUUGCCCUGGGCUUCCUGUGAGACAGCACGGUACUGCUGUCAUGCUGCCAAGCCAGCCCGGUAGUUUUGUUUUAAACACGUAUUUGUGAAAACUGUGCCACUGAAACUUCAUGUCCACUUUGCUUUUGUGAGUCUAAAGAACAAAGCCUGGUUCCUAAAGCAGUGUUCAUAGAAGGGAAAGGGGGGGGAACGUGAAGUUCCUGCUGAACAUUUAUUUAUGUUGUUGCACUUUACAGUGGCAACGUAACACGUGUAAACAUUAGACAAUAAACUUAUUUAAUUAAGCUCUC